AUGCCAACCGAAAACCGUCUCCCUAGACCUAUGCGACCGCUCCAACGACUCUACAACUACCUCUCGCGCGGGUUUGUCGCAGCCUCGUACCCCCUGCGCGGAAUCUACUAUUUCCUACGUCAUCCUGCCUUCUACCCGCUCUUCGUCGGCCGACUGCUUCCUCUGUCCAUCAUCUCGACCUUGGUAUACACCAUUCUCUUCACAUUCACCUUCCUGCCGCAGUAUGCCUUUCUGGCGCUCUUCCAUGGCUGGGCUGUGUGGCUCAAUGCGGUAGUCCUGGUUCUGGGAGAAGGCCUAGUCAUCAUUCAAGGCCUUUUCGAGGGCUUCUUCGUCGACGAGUGCCGGGUUGAUAUAUUCGAUGCGACUCUUCUGAACGAGCACCUCGAGGAUCUCGUCGCACCCCACCGACUACUCUUUCCAGACGCGCCGAACUCGGUCAAGAAACUCGGCAAGCCAACGACAGCUGCCGCCUACCAGCCGUGGAGCCUGAUCCAAAUUGUCGAGCUGAUCUUCUUCCUGCCGCUCAACCUGAUCCCCUACGUAGGGACCCCCGCCUUCAUCCUGAUAACCGGCGCGAGACUCGGAACAUUUGCGCACUACCGAUGGUUCGAGCUGCGAGGCCUGACAAAGAAGGAGCAGAAGCAGGAGAUCAGGACGAGGAUGUGGGAGUACACUUGGUUCGGAACCGUGGCUAUGCUGCUUCAGUUGGUUCCCAUACUGUCGUUCUUCUUUCUUUUGACUUCCACGGCCGGCUCGGCGUUGUGGACGGUCAAGCUUGAGAAGCAGAUGAGAGCACCUACAGCCGCGCCUGGGGAAGAAGCAGCAGAGACGCCGGAGAUCCAUCCCGAUGGGCCCCCGCCACCAUAUGUGGAUUAUCCCGUAUGA